AUGGCUUCUUUCCUCAACUGCACACUCUUCACCUUCAUACUUUUAAUCCCAACAUUCAUUGGCAACUCUGACGGAGCUUUCUCCGAGGAACUCUCCGAGAACAUUCUAAUGAAUCGAAUGGAGAAAACAACCCAUCUCCAUUUUUACCUCCACGACAUUGUCAGUGGCAAUGAUCCAAGUGCAGUGCGAAUUGCUGGAACAUCAGAUACUACAGGAUUUGGAGCUACUUUUAUCAUGGAUGAUGCACUGACUGAGGGGCCGAACCCGACCUCGAGGCUCAUCGGACGAGCACAAGGACUGUACUCUCUGGCAGCACAGCAUGAUACAGCAUUGCUUAUGGUUGUCAAUUAUGCAUUCAUUGGGGGGAAGUAUAACGGGAGCAGCAUUAGCAUUCUUGGGAGGAACCCUGUGCUGAAUGAUGCGAGAGAAAUGCCGAUUGUUGGUGGCUGUGGGCUGUUCCGGUUAGCCCGGGGCUACGCGGUGGCACAUUCGAUUUCGUUUGAUCGCAAGAUGGGGGAUGCCACGGUUGAGUACAAUGUGUAUGUGCAACAUUACUAA